GUUGAAGAGGCCCGUGAGGAUCCAAGAUGUCUGCGCCCAUGCACUGCUAGUGGCAGACGGCGACUUCUUCCUCUGCUCCGGGCCCCUCUGGUACCGGGCUGAACCCGAGGACUAUGCUGGGCCGGACUCUCCAAGAAGUUUCUGCAGCACUGAAACAGGGCCAAGUUACACCGACAGAGCUCUGCAAGAAAUGUCUCUCCCUCAUCAAGAAAACCAAAUAUUUAAAUGCCUACAUUACUGUAUCAGAAGAGGUAGCCUUAAAACAAGCUGAAGAAUCAGAGAGAAGAUACAAACAAGGUCAGUCACUUGGAGAUUUAGAUGGAAUUCCUGUUGCUGUAAAAGACAACUUCAGCACAGCUGGCAUCGAGACAACAUGUGCAUCAAACAUGCUAAAAGGUUAUAUACCACCUUACAAUGCCACGGUAGUUCAGAAGUUGUUGGAUCAGGGAGCUCUACUCAUGGGGAAGACAAAUUUAGAUGAGUUUGCUAUGGGAUCUGGAAGCACAGAUGGUGUGUUUGGACCAGUUAAAAACCCCUGGAGUUAUUCAAAGCAACACAGAGAAAGGCGGCGGCUUGAUGAGCAUGACGAUUCCCAUUGGCUGAUAGCUGGAGGGAGCUCAGGUGGCAGUGCGGCCGCUGUGGCAGCGUUCACGUGCUUCGCGGCUCUAGGAUCAGAUACUGGAGGGUCCACCAGAAACCCUGCUGCCCACUGUGGGCUUGUUGGUUUCAAGCCAAGCUAUGGAUUAGUUUCCCGUCAUGGCCUCAUUCCCCUGGUGAAUUCGAUGGAUGUGCCAGGAAUCUUCACCAGAUGUGUGGAUGAUACAGCUAUUGUGUUAGGUAUACUGGCUGGACAUGACCCCAAAGAUUCCACCACAGUACAAGAUCCUAUUAAACUAUCCAGGAUUCCCAGUGAGGUGGAUGUGAGCAGACUCUGCAUAGGAAUUCCAAAGGAAUAUCUGGUACCAGAGUUGUCGAGUGAGAUACGGUCUCUCUGGUCCCAAGCUGCUGACCUCUUUGAGUCUGAAGGUGCCAAAGUGAUUGAAGUCUCCCUGCCACACACCUGCUACUCAAUAGUCUGCUACCAUGUGCUGUGCACAUCAGAAGUGGCAUCGAAUAUGGCAAGAUUUGAUGGGCUACAAUAUGGUCACAGGUCUGGCAUUGAUGUGUCCACUGAAGCCAUGUAUGCUGCAACCAGACAAGAAGGGUUCAAUGAUGUGGUGAGAGGAAGAAUUCUCUCAGGAAACUUUUUCUUAUUAAAAGAAAAUUAUGAGAAUUAUUUCGUCAAAGCGCAGAAAGUGAGGCGCCUCAUUUUAAGGGACUUCGUGAAUGUUUUUGAGUCUGGUGUGGAUGUCCUGCUAACUCCCACCACCCUGACUGAGGCAGUGCCAUACCUGGAGUUCAUCAAAGAGGACAACAGGACGCGGAGUGCCCAGGAUGAUAUUUUUACACAGGCUGUAAAUAUGGCAGGCUUACCAGCAGUGAGUGUCCCUGUGGCCCUCUCAAACCAAGGGUUACCAAUAGGACUGCAGUUCAUCGGACGAGCAUUUUGUGACCAGCAACUUUUGACAGUUGCAAAAUGGUUUGAAAAACAAGUACAGUUUCCUGUUAUUCAGCUGCAAGACCUCAUGAAUGAUGGCUCGUUGGUUCUUGAAAAUGAAAAGUUAACUUCUGUUUCUCUAACCCAAUAGUAAUCAACGCUGGGCCUCUGGCUUGCCAGGCAAGCCCUCUGACAUUGGACUGAAACCCCCUCGUGCAGAUCAUGCCGUUCACCUGACUCUUAAGAGGGUCUGUUCUCUAGAAUGCCCAGUGAUCUUGCUCAGCCCUGUGAUUAGGUCACUGUCGACACUGUCUGUCCUGGGAAUCACUUCUUCAAAUCCCUGUGAUGUUGUUCAUUGUAAUGUUUAUACAUUCAUUAAAUAACGUUCAAGUAUUGAAUUUUACUAUAACACAAAAAUUCAAGAUCAUAAAAACAAUGCAUUCUGCAUAAUUUUCAUUACAAAGAACAGAAAUUAGAGUAAAACUAAGUUUAGUAAUAAAUGUCUGAAAAUGAGUAUACAUUUAUAACAAAAUAGUAACAAAACAAUAACAUUGACUCCCGAGGUGACUGGUGUGGUUUUGACAGGCAGUUCGUACUGCAGUUGCCUCAGCGGUGUGAGAAAUGCACACAGGCAGACAGGACUUGCCCUGAUAAAAGCGCUGGACAUAUGAGGAAGUGUGGCCCACCAGGCCCAGAACCACACAAGGCUGCAGCUCCUCAGCCAGGCUCAAGGCUCCUUUUGUUUCUCUGGAAACAGAGUUAAAAUGACAGGACUUCCUCCUUGCCUCGCCUCUCUCAGAGCAAGCACAGCUCUGGGUCACACUGGAUCACCUCCCUCUUAAUCUCAGGGUGGAAGGUUCCAAAUGCCCAAGGGACACACGGUGUGAACGUGUGAGGAGACAGUGGUGAGGGUGCCCGAGAUGACAUCAUGGGAUCAUCUUUCCCUGGAGUGUCUCGGCGAUUCCGUACUCUCUUGACCGGCUUCAUCAGUGUUCUCUGUUUGGACCUCUUGAGUCCCAGUUAGACAACAUCUAAUAAAAAUGUACCUCUGGAGUGU